CCCACCAGUGACGCAUUUUCCUGUCAUAACAGGAUAUUGAGGAAAAUAAUGGAAGCAAUUGCAAGUAAACGGAUUUGAAAAGAACACAUUUUUAAUACAAAGAAGUUAGAUAGCUACGAGUAUUAGCUCUAACAGUUCCGUCUAGAGUAAACCAAUUUACGUGCGCACUUGAGGUAUUUGACUUCAGAAUUUACGUUUCGCGUGUUACCUGUUCCAUCAUCCUCAUUACAUCAAGAUCAACACAACAUUGUUGUGAGCGUGUUUGAGUGGCGAAUCAAGUUACGCUAUAGUAUUAAUCAUUACAAACGAUGUUACCCUGUUAUUCAGCAAGUGAGCAUUCACUUUUAAUUAUAUUACAUUUUUGGGGUUUUGACCAUUGGAGUUACAUGUAGAAUUCAAACGAACGUUCAAGUUAACAAACAUGUAACAUUUUUGCGUUAAGCUACACUAGUCUACUUAACUUUCUCAUGGAGAUGUCUGCUGAAGACCGAAUGCUGAAGACAGUCGGGGCAGACAUGGAGAAAGAAAAUAUUGUCAGUUUGAGCCUGCAUGAGAAGUGCGCAGCGGUCAAUUCCAUCGAUUCUUUGUCCGACCUUACCUACUUGACCGAUGAUUCCAGUGAUGAGGACUGGGGCGUUCCAGUAGUCAAGGCCUCAGAUCUCUGUGUGUCACCGUCCCCUCUCCAGUGCUUGGAGUGCAACAAGAAAUUCAUCUCCAGCAAGAGGCUAAUCGAACACUCCAAGUUGCAUGACGGCGAGGCCACCUGUAACAUCUGCCAGGUGAUCUUCAGUCGAGCAAUUUCACUGUCCAUCCAUCUGCAGAAUGCACACCAUCCCUCUCUUCUCAGUUGCCAGACCUGCAAAUUGACUUUUAGCAACUUGUGGCAGUUGAACAAACACAUAGGAAUACAUAGGACAACAAGGAUAUCCCCCCAAAACCAAGACGACAACUUGAAAAAUGGUUUUGAUAGACUUGAAGAGGCCUUGCUGAAUAAGCCUGAUAUUGUUGACAUUGUAAAAGAUCAUACAUACAGUCGUUUGAUUAUUAGUGAGGACAAGAUGAAGGACCACUCGUACAACCGCAAGUAUCCAAGCAACGGCAAACCUGACAGCGCUGCUUUGAACCCUGCAGUGAAUGGCAAGCUCAAAUGGGUGCGAGAAGAGUCGGAUGUUACAGACUGGGAUGAAGAACCAGGGUGUUUUGAGUCCAAAGUAAAGACUCAAAGCACAGGGGAGACGGACAGUAGCAUAACUAAGGUCACAGGGAAGCCCAGUCUGACCUCAAGCCCAGGUGACAGCAGCUUGACUUCUGGCACAGAAGACUGUAUUUUGAAUUGCAGCACUUCAAGUACUUCAAGUACUGGUAAGACAGAAACCACUGUGACCACGGAAACCGCGUCUGAGACUGAGAGCUGUCUAAUGAAGAGCCCAAGUGAGAGAGAGAGGGGUAGACGCAGAAGAUUUUGCAGAGUUUCAGAAAUCGUUGGGGAGGGCGAAGAAGAGGAGGAGGAGGAUCAGGAUGAUGACAACCAAGAGGAACAAAAUGAAGAUUCAUCAGAUUCAGACUUCAAACCAGAUGACAUUUCAAAUUCUGACUCUGAGUCCAGCAGUGGUAGUACUUUUGGCAGGUCUUCCCUCUCCUCUAUAUGCACACAAAGCAAGAGGAACCAGUCCGCCCCGGGCAGACCUUCUGCCAUUACUGACGCUAGGUUAAACCAAUGUGUCCACUGUAAGGGAGGCCCAUUCAUGGAUAUGGAAUGUCUUUUGGAGAGAUGUACAAAAAUGGUGCAUUUUCAAUGCACUUUUUGCAUAGCCUAUUUCCCUACCCAGGAAGCCUUGAUGCAGCAUUCUCUUCAGUCACACCAAAAACGUAUUCCACUCAGUGAGGACUGUGGCAAAGUUUUGCCUACAAAUGGCACCAUGAGUGAACACUGCUGCCUCCAAAACCAAUUUAGACAAACCCUGGUCCCAACAGUCCCAGCCCAAGGCAUGCCCCCAGUCUUGUCCCCUGCCCCAGCAAAGACCCCUCCCCAUCCUCUUUUCCUGACCCUAGUCCAGAAGCCAGCCCUCACCCCUGCCCCAGCCCUGCCCCUAGUCCAGAAGCCAGCCUUGACCCCUGCCCCAGCCCUGCCCCUAGUCCAUAAGACAGCCCUCACCCCUGCCCCAGCCCUGCCCCUAGUCCAGAAGCCAGCCCUGACCCCUGCUCCAGCCUUGACCCUAGUCCAGAAGCCAGCCCUGCUCCCUGCCCCAGCCCGGCCCCCAGCCCUGCCCCUAGACCCAGCCCUGACCCUAGUCCAGAAGCCAGCCCUGCCCCCAGCCCUGCCCCUAGUCCCAGCCCUGACCCCAGUCCCAACCCAGAAGGUCAAUAACGUAGGCACUCCUUUACAGUCCAAUAAAUGUCCCUACUGUGGUAAUGGCCCGUUUUUCAGUAUGGAACAUCACAUGCAGAACUGUGAAAAACGGAUAUCCUUCCAAUGUUUCUUGUGCAAAGCUCUCUUUUCUACAAACGCUUCCAUUGUGGAGCACUUGGUCAAAACUCACAAUGCCAAGGUGGUUUCUGCAGGUGGCUCCUCUGACACCCUGCAGAACCCUGGCAACCAGGCCUCCACGUUGGUCUGUAAGAGCGCUGCGGCUGUUCAGACCUCCAUUUCUUCUUCCCAGCCCUCCACCUCUUCUUCCCAGCCCUCCACCAAGCCAGAACCUGUUUCAGCGAUGGUCUCUGUGGUCCACAGCCACCCCAGUGGAGGGCAGAUGACCAUGGGCAAGAAGGUUCUCCAAGGUAGUCAAGCAAAGGUGCACCCAACCACCACUCACGUGGCCACACCAACCAAACUCUCCUCCACCCAGGUGACACCUCCCACCCAAACCGACACGACAAGCACGCCUGUGCUGCACACUGUGGGUAACCUAAUCCAAGGCAUCCUCCAGGUACGUCCUUUUGUCCGAACCAACAACCAGGCCCCAGUCCUCGCCCCAGCCUCUGCUACACCGCUCCCUCCCUCCUCAGACCCAGCGGCCAAGACAAAGAAACAAUACAGCUUCUCAGCACCAGCCAUAGCUCCAGCCACGGCCAAGCCGUCCACUCCCAGCCCCGCCCCUCUGAAGAUCUUGACCGUGUUCAAGAAUGAGAGCAGGGAGCUGGCUCUGUUGAAGCGUCUGAAGAUGAGCUGGCGCUCUAAGAGCGUCCACCGUUGCCGGCAGUGCGGCGUUGUCUCGCGGCAGCCCUCGCUGAUCGUGCGUCACCGCUACCUUCACCGGGGCCUGCGGCCUCACCGAUGCCACUGCGGCCGAGCCUUCCACUGCCAGCUCUACCUCCUCCGUCACUGCAUCCAGCACGCCGAGGCCACCAGCUACAUCUGUGUCACGUGCGGAGAGACGUUCGUUGGAGCACAGGUUUUCGCUCGCCACAGAGCGGGUACCUUGAGGAAAGCCAGGGUUAUGGGCGGGCGCAGACGCUGGAGGCCAAAGAAGAAGUGUCACGUGCCUUUCUCUUGUCACUGUGGAAGGACGUUUAAAAGGCCGUCCUCUUAUCUCUGGCACCAACUCCGAAAUCGACCCAUGGCAAAACUCGCCUAA